CUCCCUUGACGAGAACGUUGUGAACAAUUGCACGCAUCAUGGGGAACUUCAGCGGGCAGGCCCUCACUCACAGCAAGGUUUGGGGCGUUCAUGGUUCUUCGAUUCGCACCCUGCGAGUUUGCAGCUCCAGCGAUUACCAAUUCGCGGCCUAACCAUGAUUGCCUGUCGAAUCUGAGCCUGAGUAAGGUAUCGAGCAAUAUUUGGUGGCAAAAAGCAGGUAGUGCUCAAGGCAGAGCCCGAUGGCAGAUGCAGCAUUGCGGACAAGAGCUUUGUCAUUGUACCGGUCGCUCAUGAGAUCAUCUCGCACAUGGCCAGGACCACCCAAAGAAAAGCAGUACAUUUAUGAAGAGGCUUACAUUCUGUUUAGAAGAAACCAGCAUCUCAAUGAUCCUGAUGAAAUUGCUAAAAAGAUAGAUGAAGGGGAGAAGAGAUAUCAGAUUGCGUGGCAUUAUAAGAUCCCAUAUCCACGCGUUCACAAUCUUCCGUUAGGCGCUUUCAUAGAGAAGCCUGAAACCGAAUAUCAGAUUCCGUCUCAAGAGAUGGGUAGUUUGGAUGACGAUUUAGACGACCUUCCAGGACUUAGUAAAUCAAGGAGGUGCAAAAUACUUCAGUGAGCUUGGAAUACUGCUCACACUUCAGAUGGGGCCUGUGCUACGCUGCCUCUUUCAAGCGGUUUUUAUAUGGUUUUUCAGAUGCCGCCUCACACUGAGGCAUCGGAUGAGGAUCAUUUUCGCAGGCUAUGGGUAUUUUUUCUUCUUCUCACGCAGGCUCCACUUCACUACACCUGCCUCGUUUGGCCUCUUCUAUUGUUAUUCUGAUUUGUUCACAACUGAGGAAAAGGCCAUGUCAAGUGACCCUCGACGUGGUUUACAAGCGUUGGACAGUUUCCAGUCGAUUUGCGACAGAAAACCUCGUUGGUGCUGAUUGAAGGCUCACAUGGAAAUUCACAUAGCCAACGUUCAUCUGGAUUUACCACCUGUAUGUAAAUUAAGUGCCUUUCUUAUAUUGUUGUGCACUUCAGUGCUAUCUUUCCA